AGCAGUGUUGUUGCAUUUGAACUGUCCUGGCUUCACCAUCUUGCAAUGCUUUUGAUUUGACAGCUGGCUGAAAUAAUCUUCCCAGAAAACACAAAAUAUCGGGCUGUUCCCAGAAAAAGAUGGCUCUGGAAGAAUGAAGCAAGAUGAAUUCCCCUUUGUUUUCCUUCUGGGUGAAUUCUGGCACAACUUUGUGCCAGCAACUUGUGAAUGUGUGUCCAAAAGCAGGAAUGUCCCAGGACAAAGGAAAAGGUGGCUCGGCAGAAGGACAGAAUAUGCUGUCCGGAGGCCUUUUCUUUGCCUUGUCCCAAUGAAGUUCCCAGGAAAAUAGGAGCAAAGCAACGAAGGAAGGAUCCAGGCAGCAUUCCUGUGGCUUCUUCUGUUUGAUGAAGCUAGCUGUGUUUUCUGGCAUCCUCCAGCGAUGGGCUGGGAUUUUGACUGCAGCGGAGCAGCCCCUUUCUCCUCUUUCUCGCUUGCUUUCCCUCUGGCCGGCUGCAGCUUCGAGAAGAGCUGACCCAUCCACCAAAUUCAAGGCAAAUACAAGAGACGUCGAAGAUGAAGCCCGCUCAGGAGAAAGUCACCUUGAAUAUCGGAGGCAUCCGCUACCAAACAUAUCUGUCCACUCUCCAGGCUUUUCCAGGCACCAAACUCGGCCAACUGACGGAGCCACAGGCCUUCUCCUCUUUGGACUAUGACCCCAAUCGCAAGGAGUUCUUCUUUGACCGAAAUGCUGACCUCUUCGACGAGGUGCUGAACUAUUACCGCACCAAGCACUUCCAUUGCACUAGAGAGGUCUGCGAGUCGGUCUUGGAGGAGGAGAUGGCCUUUUGGGGCAUCCAAGGGGCUGCCUUUGCUCCUUGUUGUGAGCAAGCCCUAAAGAACACAGAUGAGCCCAUAGUUUUGGAUGAAGAUGAGGAGGAUAUGCAGGGCUUCUUAGAACAAGCCGAAGGGAAUAGGAACAGCUGCAGGGCUCGCUGGCAGCCCAAAAUCUGGGCUCUCCUUGAAAAACCCCGUUCCAGCUUCAGUGCCAAGUGCUUGGCUGCCAUUUGCCUGCUCUUCAACAUCAGCAUCUGCAUCCUGGCGCUGUUGAUCGCCUCUGACAUUGGUAUGAUCUAUCACUAUGAAGAAACCAAGAAACUCCCUCACCCCAACGAUUCCCCCAAACAGAUAUUUCGUCCUUACUUCUACCUGGAACUCUCUUGUGUCCUCUGGUUCACUCUUGAGUUCACCAUACGAGCCACAUUCUGUCCAAACAAGAAGAAAUUCCUGAUGAACCCUCUUAACAUUGCUGAUUUCCUCUCUUUGUUUCCUGCCUACAUUGAGAUUAUAUCUCGAGUAACAAGCAGCCGCUCCAUGUACUGGAGUAGCUUUCUCCGCAUUCUCUACUUCCCCAAACUUUUGAAGAUGCUGAAGCUUCUGGAGACCCCAAUGAUGUUCAAGGUCCUGUCCUACACUUCCAGAAGCCUCCUGAGAGAGGCUCUCAUCCUCCUGAUGGUCUUUGUAUUGGAAAUUAUUUUCUUUGGGAUCCUCGUUUUUUAUGCAGAGUUUCUACAGGCGUCGCCUGAGAAUUUUUUUGACAACCUUUUCAGCUCCUUCUGGUGGGCAGCCAUCACCUUGACCACUGUGGGCUAUGGAGAUAUGUACCCUUAUUCGACAGGCAGCCGAAUAAUUGGGACCUGUACGGCUGUCAGCGGCAUCCUCACCAUCGCCGUCCCCAUCGCCCUCUUCUACAUCAAGUUCAAGGAUUGUUAUGAUGCUGCGGUUGUCAAGGAGAAGGUGAAACGGAUGAAGAAAACACCACCAGCAUUGAGGUCCUCCAGGAAAGUUCCAGCCAUUGGUCGGGAAGAGGCAACAAUCCCCCAAAGAUCUCACAUACACCAUUCCGGAAACUGACUCCCAAGUUGGUAUUGCCAGGUCAACUCAUGUUUACAAGCGUCUUCUUUUGCAGAACAACACUUCAGGACAUAUACAAAGCCACUUGUGGAGAGACACCUUCUAAGAGGUUGAUGUUCUCCUGGUGAUUCUUGUUCUAGAAGCCUGUAAUAUUCAGCACCUCAGUAUCCAUCACCCCUGAGCUUUACUCAUUGCACUCUGAACUACGGCAGCCUAGACUACAGAUAUAAGAUAUUUGAGUUGGUCCUAAUAAAGAUAUCGCCUUGCUGUGGGUUAUGGGUUUCCUCCAGUGGAUCAACACAACUUCCUAGGCUUUGUAUACCAAAGGGAUCCCAAAAUAAGUGGAUGAUCCAUACCGCAAAACAAAAUUUAUGAGGCUGAUAUAUACCCACAGCUGGGAAGUUACCAUAUUUACUCGUGUCUUAUGUGCACCUUUUCUGGCUAAAUUACAUAGCCAAAAUUCAGAUUUGUAUUAGAUUCGAACUGCUAAUAAUUGCAGUGUCCUGUUAAAGUAGUUUUAAGUGCAAAGUUUUGCUACUCCUAGUAGCAGUCUGUUCAUCUGGUCAACCAAACAUCUGGUAUUUUAAUAUGCUAAUAGCAGUAUUAUACCAUAUUUACUUGAGUCUAAUGCACACCUUUUCCAGCUAAAUUAUAUAGCCAAAACUGAGGCAUGCUUUAGAUUUGAUGGUGCAUUAUACUCGAGCAAAUAUAGUACUAUGGGCUAUGAAUCCUAGGAUCAAUUGCAAAUCUGGGUGGGAGAGCCUGGUGUUUUGGAAGCUCUGGUCUCAUACACACGUCUUAUUUCUGGCUUUUCAUAUUCGUAGUGGGCCUUUUACCCUAACUCCAGCAAAUGUCGAAGACUGACUAUAUAAUAUGUCAUAUUUUGCUUUCAUGCAGCACUUUAUUCCAAAAUGAAUUAUAUGCCUGUACUUUUGGGUUGCACUUUUUCAAAUAAACAUUCUUGCUCCUUGCAAA